CGGGAGCGGGAGCGCAGGAACAGCGACAAAUCCGAAGAUGGAUACCACUCCGAUGGCGACUACGGAGAGCACGACUACAGGAACGACAUUAACGACGAGAAGGAGAGUAAAACCAUCAUGUUGCGUGGGCUGCCCAUCACGGUCACGGAGAGCGAUAUUCGUGAGCUUAUUGAGUCCUUUGAAGGUCCUCAGCCUGCAGACGUGAGGCUGAUGAAGAGAAAGACAGGUGUAAGCCGUGGUUUCGCCUUCGUGGAGUUUUAUCACUUUCAAGAUGCUACCAGCUGGAUGGAAGCCAAUCAGAAAAAGCUGGUGAUUCAAGGGAAGCAGAUUGCAAUGCACUACAGCAACCCCAGGCCUAAAUUUGAGGACUGGCUUUGCAACAAGUGCUGCCUGUACAACUUCAGAAGGAGGCUAAAAUGCUUCCGCUGUGGAGCAGACAAAUUCGAUUCAGAACAGGAGGUACCACCUGGAGCAGCAGAAGCUGUUCAGUCUGUGGAUUAUUACUGUGAUACCAUCAUUCUCCGAAACAUUGCUCCUCACACAGUAGUGGAAUCCAUCAUGACUGCCUUGUCUCCGUAUGCAUCUCUGGCAGUCAAUAAUAUUCGUCUUAUCAAAGAUAAGCAGACUCAGCAAAACAGAGGCUUUGCAUUUGUGCAGCUGUCUUCUGCCAUGGAUGCUUCUCAACUGCUGCAGAUUUUACAAAGUCUUCAGCCACCAUUAAAAAUUGAUGGCAAAACAAUUGGUGUUGACUUUGCAAAGAGUGCCAGAAAAGAUCUGCUUCUCCCAGAUGGUAACAGAGUCAGCGCCUUCUCUGUGGCAAGUACAGCCAUUGCUGCAGCUCAGUGGUCAUCCACGCAGCCACAGACUGGAGAGGGCAGCACCCUUGACUACAGCUACCUCCAGUCAGGACAGGAUGGCUACACGCAGUAUGCUCAGUACUCCCAGGAUUAUCAGCAGUACUACCAAAAUCAAGGAGGAGUGUUGGACACAGACUCAGCUACCAUAUCAGGAGCUCCGGUCACCACCACCACAGCUGCAGUUGUAUCCCAGAGUCCUCAGUUGUAUAAUCAGCAGACAAACUCACCUGACUCUCCGACACAAUCAGCACCACCUACCACUAGCACUCAGGCACAGGCGGCUGCUCCGACUGGCGUGGUGCCUGGAACCAAGUACGCUGUCCCUGACACUUCCACCUACCAAUAUGAUGAAUCUUCAGGAUAUUAUUAUGAUCCUAUAACAGGGCUCUACUAUGAUCCUAAUUCCCAGUAUUACUACAAUGCCUUAACCCAGCAGUACCUGUACUGGGACGGCGAAAAGGAGACGUACAUGCCUGCUGCAGAGGGUGUCACGUACCAACAGACAGCUACCACAACCACCACCAAAGAAGUUAAGGAGAAGAAAGAGAAGCCUAAAAGUAAAACAGCUCAACAGAUUGCUAAAGACAUGGAGCGUUGGGCAAAGAGUUUGAACAAGCAGAAAGAGAACUUCAAGAAUAGCUUCCAGCCGCUGAGUACCAGGGAGGAGGAGCGGAAGGAGUCAGCAGCUGCGGAUGCAGGCUUUGCUCUCUUUGAGAAAAAGGGAGCUCUGUCUGAGAGACAACAGAUCUUGCCAGACGUGUUGAAAAAUGGGGAUGAUGAAAAUCCACUGAAGCGUGGCCUUGUGGCUGCCUACAGUGGUGACAGCGAUAAUGAUGAGGACUUACUGGAAAGAAUGGAGAAUGAGGAAGAGAAGCUGACUGACUGGAAGAAGAUGGCUUGCCUGCUGUGCAGAAGGCAGUUCCCAAACAAAGAUGCCCUGAUUCGGCACCAGCAGUUGUCUGACUUGCACAAGCAAAACAUGGAUAUCUAUAGGAGAUCAAAGCUUUCUGAGCAGGAACUUGAAGCCUUGGAGCUGCGUGAGAGAGAGAUGAAAUACAGAGACAGAGCAGCUGAGCGGAGGGAGAAGUACGGCAUCCCAGAGCCCCCUGAGCCCAAGCGCAAGAAGGUCUAUGAUGCUGGCACAGUGAAUUACGAGCAGCCCACCAAAGAUGGCCUUGACAACAGUAACAUAGGCAACAAGAUGCUGCAGGCCAUGGGCUGGAGGGAAGGUUCGGGCCUGGGGAGAAAAUGUCAGGGCAUCACAGCACCCAUUGAGGCCCAAGUACGGAUGAGAGGAGCUGGCUUGGGAGCCAAGGGCAGUUCCUACGGCGUCUCUACUGCGGAUUCAUACAAAGAUGCAGUGCGGAAAGCCAUGUUUGCUCGCUUCACGGAGAUGGAGUAACUCCUGCCUGCGAAGCACUUCCUUGUUAGCCAGAACUGACUGUUAAACUGUAGCCUUGGUGACCUGGCUGUAUUCUGGUUAGAGCUGACCAUUUCAUUCCCUUGGGCGAUGUUCCCCUCUCAGCAUGUAACACUUCCAUGAGCAGAUUGUUUGAACUGCCCCAACUUCAUGCU